GAUUAGCCAAGAGAAUCAAACGUCAUGAGUUAAAACAAAGACAUAUCAAUCUCAUCUCAUAUAUCUCUCUCGUCAUCCUCCUGGGUCUCCUCGCUGCCUGGCUCUUCCUCUACCUCUUCCGGCCCUCUGAUCCGUCGUUGGUGAUCUUCGGCCGUACGUUCUCGGAGUGUGAAACCCUAGGCCUGUUGAUUGUCUCGGGCAUCGUCGCAAUCUUUCUAACAAGUGUCGAAUCUGUACUGAUCUCUGCUUUGCUUCUUGGAACUGCGGUUGUUUCUGCUCAUGGUGCUUUCAGGACUCCAGAGGAUCUGUUCCUUGAUGAACAAGAGUCUAGUGCUUUUAGACUAAACACAAACAAAAGUUCUAGUACUCAUAAACGACAUUAA